CUCCCCCCCACAUCCCCCCAUACUUUCGUCACCAUGCCCUCCUCCUCGCCGCGCGAGCGCUUCCUCGCCGUCUUUCCCGCCCUCUCCGCCGAGCUGCUCGACUAUCUGCGCUCCGAGGGCAUGCCGGCGCCCGCCAUCGAGUGGUACGAGCGCUCGCUGGCGCACAACACGCCCGGCGGCAAGCUCAACCGCGGCCUCUCCGUCGUCGACACGGUCGACAUCAUCCUGUGCACGGAUGCGCAGGGCAAGCGGACGAGAGAGCUGAGCGAGGAGGAAUACAGGGAUGCUGCUGUGCUCGGGUGGUGUGUCGAGCUGCUGCAAGCAUACUUUCUCGUCGCAGACGACAUGAUGGAUGCCUCCGUCACGCGCCGCGGGCAGCCGUGCUGGUACCGCAUGCCCGGCGUGGGCAACAUUGCCAUCAACGACGCCUUCAUGCUCGAGGCCGCCAUCUACCACCUGCUCAAGACGCACUUCCGCACGCGCCCCUACUACGGCCUGCUCCUCGAGCUCUUCCACGACGUCACGUUCCAGACGGAGCUGGGACAGCUCAUCGAUCUAAUCACCGCGCCCGAGGACGAUGUGGAUCUGAGCCGCUUCAGUCUGCAGAAGCACCACCUCAUCGUCGUGUACAAGACGGCAUUCUACAGCUUCUACCUGCCCGUCGCGCUUGCUAUGCGCAUGGCCGGUCUGGACGACGAGUCGCUCUACAAGCGCGCGCUGGACAUUCUGCUGCCGCUCGGCGAGUACUUCCAGGUGCAGGAUGACUACUUGGACUGCUAUGGCGCACCGGAGGUUAUCGGCAAGAUCGGCACGGACAUCCAGGACAACAAGUGCAGCUGGAACAUCAACGUUGCCCUUGCACACGCCACGUCUGAGCAACGCGCCGUCCUGGACGCCCACUACGGGCAGCGCAGUGCCGAGAGCGAAGAGCGCGUCAAGGCGGUGUUCCGUGCCGAGAACAUCGACGUCGAGAAGCGCUUCAAGGAGUAUGAAAAGGAGAGCCAUGCGCGCAUCGAGAAGAUGAUCAUGGACAUGCCAGAGAACGUGGGCGCCAAGGACGAUGGAUCGAACGGCCUCAAGAGGGAGGUGUUCCGCAGUUUCUUGGAGAAGGUGUACAAGCGCACCAAGUAGCGCGCACGCCGGAGCGGCUUCCCGACCCCUGUAUCUCGCUACACUAUCCCCUCUCUCCCAG